CAGAUCUCGAUUCAUGAAAGUUAACGCACCUGUGACUAAUUAGUAGAGGCAGCUCAAUGCAGGGGAACGGUCGGUGGUGUUCCCGCAUUGUUUGUUUAGUCUGUCUCUCAGCGUGAUUGGGGUUCACUACAUUGUCUGUUUUAUUCCCCGGGUUCGGGCACUUGCAUUCCCGUGUCUGGCAUCAUGCAGGAUCUCAUAGCGGGAGUCCAGAAGAUUCGGUUCGAUCUGGAAGUGGACGUGCUUAUGCAGAAAGGGGCCCGGCCGCUCCCGUUCCCGGGAAUGGACAAGUCGGGCUCGGCAGUGUGUGAGUUCUUCAGCCGGGGACUCUGUAAAAGAGGAGCCAUGUGUCCCUUCCGUCACCUGCGUGGAGAGAAGUCCAUCGUGUGCAAGCACUGGCUGCGCGGGCUGUGCAAGAAGGGGGACCAGUGCGAGUUCCUGCAUGAGUACGACAUGAGCAGAAUGCCAGAGUGCUUCUUCUACUCCAAAUUCAGCGAGUGCAGUAACAAGGAGUGCCCGUUUCUUCACAUCGACCCUGCCAGUAAGGUCAAGGACUGCCCCUGGUAUGAUAGGGGCUUCUGUAAGCACGGUCCCCUCUGCAAACACAGGCACACCAGGAGAGUGAUCUGCCCCAAUUAUUCAGUGGGGUUCUGCCCAAAGGGAGCCCACUGCAAGUUUGUCCAUCCCAAAGCAGACUUGCCGACAUGCCCCUCAGAGCAGCACAAGCAUUCCAGCCAGCCUAUGGAGCUGGCUCCAGCCCCAGUGAUGAUUGACAUGGCACUCCUGGCCAGGCACCAGAACCUGCUGCUGCAGGAGAUCACUCCCUUCCCACACCUCUCCACUACCAUGAGCAUCGUCCACUACCAGCUGAGCCGGCUGCAGGAGGCAGGCACGUCAACACGAGGCUCCGCCCGGCCCAUCCACCUUGUCACCUGCUACAAGUGUGGAGAGAAGGGUCAUUACGCCAACAAGUGUGGAAGGAGGCACCAGGGCCUGCUGGCUGAGCACUGAGAGAAGGGCAUUGCUCUGGACCGUCCUCAAGGGGCUUCAACAGCCAGGGUCCAUUGAGGAGAAACAUUACAACAAGCAAUGUGAUUGGCUGACGCACUUUGAAGUCCAAGGAUUAACUGUUCAAAUGCAUUGGUUUACACGGUUAAUCAGGCAAUUUUAAAGUGAAGUUCUACAUUGUUUCUUUGUAUUGUUUAAAUGGAAAAGUUUGGUCGCAAGUGAUAUAAAUUUGAAGAUCUGUAAACGAUCUGGUAAAAGUAAAUACGUAUUCAAUUCAAAUAAUUUAAUAAAGUUGUUAAUUUUCUAAAUAAAGUUUAUAUUUGCA